AUGCUUCUCUCGUUACCUGCCUUACAUCUUCAGACCUCCGAACACCAUCCUCUCUUCCAGCUGCCACACGGAAGGCUCGGACCAUGGUGCAGUCCCACUGGCUCCCCUGCCCCCCUCUCCUGUGAGACUGGCUGCGGGGAGGGAACAUGGAUACUUGUCUGCCGGCUUCUGGUUCCCACGCAAGUAAGCCUGCUGUCAAUGGAGGAGGACAUUGAUACCCGCAAAAUCAACAACAGUUUCCUGCGCGACCACAGCUAUGCGACCGAAGCUGACAUUAUCUCUACGGUAGAAUUCAACCACACGGGAGAAUUACUAGCGACAGGGGACAAGGGGGGUCGGGUUGUAAUAUUUCAACGAGAGCAGGAGAGUAAAAAUCAGGUUCAUCGUAGGGGUGAAUACAAUGUUUACAGCACAUUCCAGAGCCAUGAACCAGAGUUCGAUUACCUGAAAAGUUUAGAAAUAGAAGAAAAAAUCAAUAAAAUAAGAUGGCUCCCUCAGCAGAAUGCAGCCUACUUCCUUCUGUCUACUAAUGAUAAAACUGUGAAGCUGUGGAAAGUCAGCGAGCGUGAUAAGAGGCCAGAAGGCUACAAUCUGAAAGAUGAGGAGGGCCGGCUGCGAGAUCCUGCCACCAUCACCACCUUGCGGGUGCCUGUCCUGAGACCCAUGGACCUGAUGGUGGAGGCCACCCCGCGAAGAGUAUUUGCCAACGCGCACACAUAUCAUAUCAACUCUAUAUCAGUCAACAGCGACUAUGAAACCUACAUGUCAGCUGAUGACCUGAGAAUUAACCUAUGGAACUUUGAAAUAACCAAUCAGAGUUUUAAUAUUGUGGACAUCAAGCCAGCCAACAUGGAGGAGCUCACGGAGGUGAUCACGGCGGCCGAGUUCCACCCCCACCACUGCAACACCUUCGUGUACAGCAGCAGCAAAGGGACGAUCCGGCUGUGUGACAUGCGGGCGUCGGCGCUGUGUGACCGGCACACCAAGUUUUUUGAAGAGCCAGAAGAUCCAAGCAACAGGUCAUUUUUCUCUGAAAUUAUCUCUUCAAUUUCGGAUGUGAAGUUCAGCCACAGUGGGAGGUGUAUCAUGACCAGAGACUAUCUGACCGUCAAAGUCUGGGAUCUCAACAUGGAAAACCGCCCUGUCGAGACUUACCAGGUUCACGACUACCUCCGCAGCAAGCUGUGCUCCCUCUAUGAAAAUGACUGCAUUUUUGACAAAUUUGAGUGUGUGUGGAAUGGGUCAGACAGCGUCAUCAUGACAGGCUCCUACAACAACUUCUUCAGGAUGUUUGACCGAAACACCAAACGCGAUGUCACCCUUGAGGCCUCGAGGGAAAACAGCAAACCCCGAGCUAUCCUAAAACCACGCAAAGUGUGCGUGGGGGGCAAGCGGAGAAAAGAUGAGAUCAGUGUCGACAGUCUGGACUUUAGCAAAAAGAUCUUGCAUACAGCUUGGCAUCCUUCAGAAAAUAUUAUAGCGGUGGCGGCUACAAAUAACCUAUAUAUAUUCCAGGACAAGGUUAACUAG